AUGGAAAUUGAGGUUAUUGAAAAGGAAAACAUAUGUGUAUCACAGGCCUCAGAUUAUCAAAAACCAUUUGAUGACUCUUCAAAGAAAUUGCUAAAAUCACUACUUGAGAAGCGGAAAAAAUUAAAUCCAUCUUACCUUCGAGUUAUGGCGCGAUACGUGGGAUUAGAUGCAGAUACAUUUCGGGAGGGAAUCGGUGUC